AUGCGAGCGCUAGGCCUCGAUCUGGCUACGUAUAUCGACUAUCUUGCUAGCCGGGCCGAAGAUGUGAACUUCUGGCUGUCAGCAACGUCUACGCUCGGCGGCUCCAGGAAGUGGGCAACGGCUGGUGGGCGCGAAUACAUGCUCGAGGCAGUACCCCGACCUUAUGCCGGUGCGCAACUUGCGUACGAAGCGCCUCAUUCUAACGCUGCCGAGAUGCUAUACUACGGAGCCGCUGGCUGGACUCACUAUCUUCACAGUGCAUGGAAUGCGGAGUGGAGCGAAUCGGACGGCCUCAGCCUACUGCUCUCCGAUAGCUCUCAAAGAUUCCUCGUCAUGUGCUUGUUGGACCAGAAGCGGCAACCUUUCCUCUUCGAAGCUGCUGCGCGUGCUCCGCAGCUUCUUUACUCAAGCAACAGUCCAUUCUUUCCUAUUCACGACGUCUUGACCUAUAAUGAAGGUAAACAAGUCGGCGUCGUCAUCGCACGUUGCCCGCCCUACGCUCUCUCCCCUCGCCUCAAUCCGCAUUUGGGGAGAGACGAGGUACGCCGCUGCCUUGAGCGCGCGAGGGAUCUCUUUGGACUAUUGAUCACUCUGGAAGACGCAGGGGUCUCAAUGGACGGCCAAGGACUGCAGGACGACUGGACAAUUUCGUUUCGCUCCUCGAACAGCAAACCAGUCAUCGUCGGUGCCUACUUGGAUCCGGCAGCUGCGGACACUCGCAUUGGACGCUUAGCGCGUUCGGUCCAGUGGGAGGAACGCUUGCCCAAUCCGCCACCAGAUGCGUGGCCGAUUGCACCAUUCGAAGGCAAGGGUGGAGUUGCCGGCCUGCCCUGGAGUCAGAUCACGGCGUACAAGGAUCCACGUGUACCUGGACCUCGAUUCUUUCUCCACGACGUCAAAGAGGCGAGCUGGACCGAAGAGGCAUCAAGGGCCCGCAGACAGAAAGGCUUUGGCCGCGUAUGGGACGCCAAGUUGAAUACUGUGGACGGCGUUUCGCGCUACCACUCAGAUAUGCUUGUCGUUGCAGAGUGCAUUCUGAGGCGCUUCUUUCCUGUCAGAGAAAUCGUCGAUGCAAAGUUGCUCGAGUUGCUUCGCUCUUCUCACGCAUCCGACGCCUACGAGGCCUGCCUCGUCGAUGGGACCAGCAAAGGAGCGCGCAACCCUGAGAUCGGUCAUAGUGGACUGUUCACCUUCUGCGUCAAUUGCAUCUAUAACCUUCGCCAAGGACGCUAUCACUAUGGAGAAGGGAAUUAUGAUCUCUGUCCGACAUGCCACCAACACUGCCUCGUCAACGCAAUGCCUGAUGCAGUUCGUCAGCUCCUCCUACGUAUUGUGGAGCCUGAGCGCAGCAAGGACGGUUCGCCAAUCAUGAUCACGGCCAAGGAGGCGUUCUCGACGAUGGAGUCGGUCUUGCAAACCGAGAUACCAAGGCUCGAGGCGGUCUACCACGCGUGGGUAGCUGAUCAGAAGAAGAUCAAGCGCAUCACGAGCGCCCCUCAGCUUUCUCUAGACAAGAUCAGGCAAGAUGUCAGCUGCGAGAGGUGGAUGAUGCUCGAGAUGAUGCGCGGCAACCUCAUGGACGUGCGCUUCCGCAAGCCAAAGUACAUCAAGCUGAGGGCGGAGGUCAAGGCGUACCUCAGACUCGUAGAAGAGAGGAAGAGGCCAUGCGAGGAUAGUCGAGCGCUGACUGCCGAUACUGCUGUGGAGAACAACGAAGUUGAGCAGAUCAUCGGAGAUAGUCAGGGCAAGGAGGAAGACAAAGCAGCGGCCACCAGUGCUGAAGGAGGGAAGAGACUGGCGCCAGAGGAUGGACGCGAAGCAGCGGCGGCAAAGAAGGUCAAGAGUUGA